CAAACAUGCGAUGUGUUGACAUUAGUACAGGGGAGGCGGCGCCUUCAUAAUCUGGUGCAGGGUCAGGAUAUAAGAGGGGCCCUAAACCUCCGGGUGGCCCUCACAGCAAGCAUAGAAGACCACUCAUCUGCUUCUGACCAAGCGCUCGACCAAGCAGCUGAAACACCCACGCAACCUCAACCUGCACACACCUCAGACCUGCCCAAAAUGAAUCUUGAGCCACCCAAAGCUGAGAUGAAGUCAGCCACUCGAGUCACCGGGGGCCCCGCCACACCCCGCAAGGGCCCACCCAAAUUCAAACAGAGGCAGACACGCCAGUUCAAAAGCAAACCUCCGAAGAAGGGGGUCCAGGGCUUUGGUGAUGAUAUCCCCGGAAUGGAGGGCUUAGGGACAGACAUCACCGUCAUUUGCCCCUGGGAGGCCUUUAACCACCUGGAGCUGCAUGAGCUGGCUCAGUACGGCAUCAUCUGAGCCUUCUCAUGUCCCAUUGGGUUCCUCGAGGAUUACAGUCCACUUCAAACCAUCUGCCUCUCGGUCCAACUAUCUUUAAAAGGAACUUUUCCAAACAAACUAACACAGUGAACUGUGACGGAAACAAAAGGUGGAAAAAGACAACCAUGUAACUGAAAAGCUUCCUUUCUGUUUGUUUUAUAUUGGAUUCUUCAUACUCAGCAUUUGCUCAUGUUUAGGGUCUGUUAUGUUGAUUUUGAUGUCUACACUAGAGUUGCACCUUCAUUUCACAAACAGCAUUCGUACAGUAUGUCUUCUCUUGUCUACUCUGCUGCUCUCUUCUUCUUUCCUCCUUUUUAUGUUUUCUAAUGAUCAUGAAACUUACGCAAGCAGGGCAACCUCAAUCUGAGUUUAAGUGACAAACCCAUGAAAUAGGUGGUUUCCCAUUUCAUGCACUCAGAGACCACAAUCCGGAUUCUGUAGAUAAUCGACAUUCAGUGGAAUAACAGUCAGUCUUCAGAUAUUUCUGCACAUUUUGCUUAUUUUUUUCUCUAACAUGGACGUCUGCUUGUGUUGCAUUCAUUCUUUAAAGCUAAAAGUGCUUAACCUUUAACCUUAAAUUUAAGACGCAAAUUAACCCUGAUAUCUUGAGAAGAAAUUCCUCUUAGCCAAGGACAUAAAGUAUAUUCCACCACUGUGUGAACUUGUGUUAAUGUUAUUUCUCCUCUUUUUUGUGUAUUUCCCUUGUAUAAUAUUCAUGUACAUGAAAAUAUGUAUUUUAUGUUUAUUAUGUGUUUGUUUCUCAUACAUUCACACAAGGCUGGUUUGUAUUGUCAUGUGUUUAUGUUUGUGUUUUGAAGGUCAUUGUUUUAGCUCCUUUGUUGUUUUCUUAGCACAAUUACAACCUCCUUAUUGUCCAUUAUCAUUAUAUCUAUUUUUUUCGUC